AUGAAGAACAAAACAGAGGGGAACAAGAUAAAUAAGUGUAUUAUUCCUUACAGGGAUAUAAGUGUUGAUGUGGUGGAUUGUGAGGUUGAGUUGUGUUUAUAUUUCCCCAACAUAUGCAGAGAUCUGAUUCAUCUGAAACUGUUUCAAGAAAUGGUGCAUACUCGAUUAUGGCUGGGUGAUAGACAAAGGGUUAAUCUGAUGUGGCGGAAUGGUGAUCAAAAUUGGCCACAAUGUUUAUUGUGCGAUGAGGAUUUUGAUAGGUUUUGGGAGAAGGCUGAACCUAAUGAUAAUGGUGGGACAUCUGAUGAAGUGGAAGUUAAUGAACAAAAAGGAUUUAAUGAAGACGAAGUUAAUGAACAACAUGGAGCUAAUGGUGGCAAAUCUGACGAAGUGGAAGUUAAUGAACAAGGAGGUAAUGGUGGAAAAUCUGAUGAAGAGGAAGAAAAUGAACAUCAGGGAAGUAACGGUGUCAAAUCUGAUAAAGAACCUCACCUAUAUGAACAACAGGGAGGUAAUGGUGGUGUGCUAACAACUGCAACAGCACUAGAUGCACAAAAUGGUUUGGUACCAUCAGGGAUUAUGGUCACACCAGAUUCCGACGUGCACAAAACUAGUGAUGACAACCUUUCCAUUGCUGAUUUGUUUAAGAGGAAAAAGGGCAAGGAGAAGGUGAACGCCACAAGGUUUAUAGACAUAGACAACCAUGAGUACUGUAGUGAUUUUGAUGAGUACCCUUCUGUAAAAGAGGACCGGGUAUUUGACAUUGACCGCUGCGACACUGAUGCUGACUAUCACUCUGGUUUUUCAAGUCCAGAUUACGAGUGGUCUGGUGGUGAUACUGAUACUGAUGACGAAAAAAUCCCCAUGCCGGAAGAAAUAUUGAGGAAAAACGUCAUGGGAUACAUUGCAGAUGGGACAAGGUGUAAUACCAAAACCAUUAGGAAGGAAAUCUUGAUGGAGGAUGAUAAUGUUAAGUUACCAACCGCGACUGUGCGCCAAGUACUGCAUAGCUUCCUUGUACAGACCCAUGGAUCCUAUAUAAACAGCUUCAAUUUAGUACCUGAGUUAUGCCGACAGAUUAAAGAAAAGAACCCAGGGAUCAUUGCAAUUUGGAGCAGCCACCCGAUGACUAAAGAGUUUGAAGGGUUGUGCAUUGCCUACAAGGCAUCUCUUGAGGGGUUCAUGGAUGGAUGCAGACCUAUUAUAGCUUUAGAUGGGUCCGUUUUAGACAGUAUGUAUGGUGGAACAGUUUUGACUGCUGCUUCAAUUGAUGCUGACAAUGGCAUGUAUCCUCUUGCGGUUUACAUCUGCAGGACAGAACACAUGAAAGAAUGGGACAAAUUUCUAGCGAUUAUCGCACCAUACCUGAUGGACCCCAAAACCAGCAGGCCAAUUACAUUUAUUCACGAUUUUACCUAUGGCAUCCAAUCCGCCGUUGAAAAGAACUUCCAGGGUGUAACUUGUUUUCAAAGAUUAUGCGGUCGUCAGAUGCUGCGUCAUAUUGGGCAUUUUCAUGGAAAUCUUCGGAGUGCAGCAUUAAAGGUCGGAAAAGCUUACAAUGAGAAUGACCACAACGAUGCUCUAGAAAAGUUGGAUAACCGUCUAAGACGCUGGAUUGAAACAGGUGGACGGGAAAAUUGGGCUAGGCACUUGUAUCACCCUUCUUCCAGUUGCCCGCAAAUGACGAACAUCUUAAGCAAAGCUUUUAACAAGUGGAUUACUGAUUUAAAGUGUUUUCCCAUAUGCCAGUGGGUUAUAGGUUUUGAAGCUAAGCUUAUUCGCUUGUUUAGAACAAGGAGAAGGAAUGGAUGGUUGUGGAAAAAUAAAGAUAUCCUCCCAAGAGCAAGUAAAAAGUUAAAAGAAAAGUUAAAAGAACAAUUCCGUAAUGUAGUCGAGCUUGAAAGAGGACAAAUGGUAGACCUGGGGCAGAGACUGUGCAGUUGCGGGGAAUGGCAGAUAUCUGGUAUACCUUGUGUGCACGCUAUGGUUGUUCUUACGAAAAACAAACCACCACUCUUUAAACGAUAUGUUCACAAGUGUUACACUGUCAAGAAGUACCGUACAUCCUAUGCCGGUAUUAUUAACCCAAUGGCCAGCAUGACAGUAUGGCGGCAGGAAACACGAACCAUUAUGAACCCACCACCACUGAAGGUUCCUAAAGGACCUUCAUACAAAAGGCCCCGCAGAAGAUAGGCUAUUAGUACAGAAGAAAGCCUGAACCCUGAGAAACUCCACUAUUUAAGAGAUGAACUUAUUAUCAUGAGUAUUUAUUUUGAUUUCGUAAUUGUCUUUUUCUUUUUUCGGUAAAAAUUUGGUUGGUCAAAAAUAGAUUAUGAGAUUAACUUAUGGGGUGAUCUCCUUUUCACCCACAACAUUAUGCUGUCA